AAGAGAAAUGGGUGCUAAUUGCCCCACCACUGGCGCCCGCCUUCAUCAACUGAAUUGCGUGAUUGAUCGACUCCGCUUCAACUUCCCUUCAACAUCAUUUUUCAGAACAGCAUUGAUCAAUUGAUCUAUCUGCUUCUGCGAAAUGACAUCGACAUUAGAACCAGAAGAUGGAGCCUCGAGGCCUCUUCUAGCCGAUCAGCGAGAGGCGCGGGACGCCAGCUUAACCGAUGAUGUCGCCCCGCCGUCCGCCCCGGACCGGGAAAGCGGCACGUUCACUAAGAAUCUCGGUGCUCUCGAGGCUUUUGCCAUCGUCAUCAGCAUCGUCAUCGGGAGUGGUAUAUUCACUUCUCCAGGCUCUAUAGACACCAAUGUACCGUCUCCUGGCUCUGCUCUAGUUGUCUGGUUGAUCGGUGGCGUGCUCGCAUGGACUGGUGCUUCUACUAUGGCAGAAUUGGGAACUGCUAUUCCCGGAGAGGGCGGGGUACAGCCGUACCUACAGUACAUCUUUGGCGAUGUCUUCGGCUUUUUAGCCGCCUGGACAUGGAUCGUGGCUGUGAUGCCAGCUACCCUCGCUAUUCUAAGCAUCGUAUUCGUCGAGAGUAUCUACUCUUCGCUAGGCGUCACCGACCAAGCUGGAAGAAUUGAGCACAAGCUCUUCUCUAUCCUCAUCUUGGUCGUCAUCAGUGUUGCAAAUUCCAUCAGCACGAAAGCUAGUACUCGUCUGAACAACUUUUUUGUAGUGACGAAAUUCAUCACCAUUGCAGCUAUCGUGAUUGCGGGCAUAGUAGUCGCUAUCCUUCAGGCUACCGACCCCGAGAGGGAUAUUGGUGGAAGAGAUUGGUUUAAGAGGUCCUGGUUUAGUGAUCGUGUAGUUACUAAUCCAGACGGGAGCAAGACGGACUGGACUCAGUUAGGCGAGUGGGAGAUUCUCGGUCACUAUUCCGCGGCGUUGUACGGGGCGUUGUGGGCAUAUUCCGGGUGGGAUAAGGCAAUCUAUAUUUCAGCCGAGUUGCAAUCGCCAGCUUGCCAACUACCGCUUUCUAUCAAUACUGCAGUUCCCACCAUCAUACUUUGCUUUAUCACCGCAAAUGCCGCCUACUACAUCUUACUUCCUUGGAACGUCGUCUCGACUACUGAUAGCGUAGCCGUGACUGCGAUAACCCGUCUUCUUGGCCGUGGAUUUGGUAUCGUUGCUGCGAUUCUUAUAUGCCUAGUUGUAGCUGGCUCCCUUCUUGGUAACUCAUUUGUCGCUGGCCGUAUGGCGGUCGCUGCCGCUAGGUUGAAUUGGUUUCCCCGUAUAUUUGCGUUAGUCGGUCAUAUCGGGUUGAAGCCUCGGUCAGAAGACGAGCCCACACCCCCCCGCGACGAGCAGACAACUCCGCCUACGGUCCGCUCAGAUGCUCCCAUCAACGCCAUUAUACUUUCAGCCGUCCUCUCGGCCCUCUACAUCCUCCUAGGCAAUUUCCGCGCUCUCUUGACUUUCAAUGGUCUAGGCGAGUACUCGUUUUUCUUUUUGACGGUUCUAGGUGCAAUCGUUCUAAGGUUCAAGGAACCCGACUUACGACGACCAUACAAACCUUUUAUUCUAGUUCCCAUAGUAUUCGCCGUAGUUAGCGGGUUUGUGGUAAUUAGGGGGGCAUUCUUCGCACCGGUACUGGCGCUGGUGGUUAUCGUCGUUUGGAUAAUCGGGUUAGGAUUUUACUGGGUUAGGAAACGCUUGGCAGCAAGGCAGAUAGAAUGAUCGUGGGUGACUGGUAAUUGCGAUUGAGAUUGUGUUCGAAUAAUAAGCAAUAAGAUGAAAGCUAGAGGUGUAUGUAGCGGUAGCUGACUGUAAGCUGAGACUGCCUAGGUGGUGUUGUCUAGUGGUUACCCCGCAAAACAACCCCACACUGGAACACCUAUAACCCUUAUAAUAAUUGGAUAUCAUAUACCUAG